GCCCUGCUAGGUUUAGAAUUUUGUACGGGUCGCCACCAUCCCUCUAACGCGAACAGGCCGGUGGGAGCACAACUGCCGACUUGCCCAGCUCCUUGCCUUUACCAUCAAGGGCGACAGCCUGGAAGUACUGACACUUUUUACCUCCCACCUCAACCCAGUGCUCGAAUUGCUGCUUCUCGACUUCGGCAAACACGGCAGUCAGCUCGUCAUCGCUCUCACCUGUAACAAUCCGCCAUACAUGCGUUCGAGUGUCUCCAUUCCAGCUAAAAUGAAGGCGCAGUGCAUUGGUAGGGUUGUUGUCAUCCAGAAGGACCGUCGGGGGCCACUUUGGUGCGCCGAUCCAGGGAGCCUUGAUUGAGCGAUACGAGCCCAGUGAGGGGAAUGCCCACUCCAUUCGUAUCAGCUCUUGAUUAUCUUGCUCUGUCUCGACAUAGAAAGGAGGGGCUUCAUACAUCAUCGUGUGACCCGGAGGCCAGUGGUGGCCGAAACAUAUGAUUUUGUUUCCAUCGGGCAGCCGUCUGUAACUCCCCAUCACUCGCGAUUUGUAUCCGGGUUCAUAUGAGGAUACCAACCGAGCGACUCUGGGGCUGCCGUCGAGGUCGAACUCCAACUCAUAAUCAACAGCACGAGCACCCGAUUUCCAGCUGUGGUGAAAAACGUUGUUCCAGCUGUUGUCAAAAACAGUGACCACGUUGUCUCCGAACUGUCGGGCGUCGUGCUGUCCCAUGAAUUGGCCAUUUGGAUCGCCAAGAAUCCUGACAACCAGACCAAUUGCCAGGUUAGUUGAAUCACAAAUCAUUCUCCUAAUUUGAUGUAAUGAAUGGUUCGCGAAUGACCUGAAGUCACCCCCAUUGCCGCCGAGACGCCAGAUGACCUUGCCCGUAUCCCUACAACCCCAUUUACAUUUGCACACAGACGUCCACAGCACUCCAUCACUUACCGCUCUAUUUUGACGACUUGAUUCAGAUUUCUCCUGCAGAAAAAUGAAAAGGCAGGAGAUCGCAAAGUGCUCUAAGUACGAAAAGAACGGACAUAGAAAUGAGAAUGGCGCCAUCCUGCGUCUCGUCCAAUGAGUUGCCGUGUGCAAGAUCCCAUAUACGCCUGAAAGAUUGCGUAUUGAGCGUGCUUGCACACCAUCAAUCGCUCUACUCCUACCUCGAGCUCUCGGCAGCACGGACCCAAUACUCCUGUCGAGCCGAGCUUAGACCUACGGGACUGUCCCAAUAAAUGCGAGGCAUGUGAUCCCAAGCCCUCCAUUCCAUCAAGACCUCACCUACCGAAAUUCGUGUACGUCCCAUCAUUGAAAGACUUAGCAAUGUCUUUACCAGUUGCCAAAACUUCUUGUACGACAGGUCCAGCAAUCCAAACCUGUUCGUUUGAUGGGGCCUGCAUAUCGGGCCGGACCGACCUUGCGUUGAAUGGGUGGCAUUCGUAGACGAUGACGAGUCCAUUGCCACUCCUGGAUAGCUGAAACUCAUGAUCACUCAGCUUUCCUCCGUGUGCCGCAUCGAAUUCGAGUCUCUCCACGUAAUCUGACCCCCCAGUAAUUUGGGAUUGUGUCUCAGUUCCUAGCAUCAGCUGGUCGCUGUGUAUCGGGGCGAAACGCGAAAAAAAACCCUUGCCGUAGAACACCGGGUCACCUAGAGAAGUAAUUAUCAUGCGGAAGUUGGCGUCGUUCCCGGACGCUACAUGUGAGGCAGUGAAAAUGUAUCCAGGUGAGAGCUUGGUGAGGUUGCCAAGGGGUGUCACACGGAUCCGUGGAAAUGAUCUCGGGAGCGUCCGGUAAGCACAGUUCGGAGCGUAGGUGGCACCACUGGCCCAAUCGUCUGCUUCGUUGCAGUCAAAAGCGUCUGAUGGCGAGGGCCCAUUUUGUGGGUCUUUGCCGUCUCUUGGACUUUUCUCCUUAGCGACAAAAUAUGAACCGAGCUCUCGCCACGACAUUGUGAAGCUCCACUCGGCAGCGGGGAAAGUCAAUCCUUCAGCGGUCCUGAUUCCCUUCUUCACCGUGACCCGCACAGACUCACCAGGCGUGAAGGCCUCAUCUGGUGUGAAAUACACUGUCCGGCUGUCGCUCAGUAGCCGCGUCUCUCCAUCGUGGUCGCCAGACACAUUGCCCCGCACGCUUAUCUUUCCUUGAAUGCUUUCUCUGUCCACCUUGUCCUUCGGCCUGAAGGCAAUGGUUGUCAGAGGGGACACGAGGAUGGCUCCGGGGAGAGGAUGGGCGUAAAUGAACGGGGUGUCCUUGUUCAAAGUCUCCAGGCUAGAAGAAGGCUUGGGCGUAUUCUUCUCAUCUCUGAGCUUAGGUCUGGUAGGGUCCAUACCCAACACGUUCAGCUGAUGGAGGACCUGUUCCGUGUUGAAUCGUGCCACCUCUUCAUCGGUGGGUGACCCGGAAGAACGUGCGAAAUAGAUGAUGAGCAAUAUACGGUGAAAAU